AAUCCUACCAUUCUUUCAGCUCAAGCUGUUACUUUUCUGCUAUUUGUGCUCUCCAAGUUUUCUUAAUUGCGGAUCCAUAAAUCUGCCUCACAAGGUAGGGAGAUAUGGAGGGGACUCGAGGGAUGGGCCUCAAGUAUGUGGACUCACAAUGCUCUCUGUCGGAGCUUGACGAUAUCGAUCUCUCUCGGCUUCUCGACAAGCCAAGGCCGUUCCUUGAAAGGCAGAAAUCCUUUGACGAGACGUCUCUAAGUGAGCUCUCAAUCGGUCUUAAGUCUCUUAACCGAGGAAGCACUGAUAACUUUGAGACGAUUUACUCACCUUAUGGACGCUCAGGUUUGGACACACCGACUUCGUCGGCUCGGAACUCUUUUGAGCCUCAUCCAAUGGUGGGUGAAGCCUGGGAAGCCCUCAGAAGGACUAUAGUGUUCUUCAGGGAUCAACCUGUAGGGACGAUUGCUGCUCUUGAUCAUUCAGAGGAUGCUCUGAACUAUGAUCAGGUGUUCGUGAGAGACUUUGUGCCAAGCGCUCUGGCUUUCCUAAUGAAUGGAGAGCCUGAUAUAGUUAAGAAUUUUCUGUUGAAGACUCUUUGUCUUCAAGGUUGGGAGAAAAGAGUAGACCGUUUCAAGCUUGGGGAGGGUGUGAUGCCUGCUAGUUUCAAAGUGCUUCAUGAUUCUGCCAGGAAAACGGAUACUCUAGUAGCAGAUUUUGGUGAGAGUGCGAUUGGAAGAGUUGCUCCUGUUGAUUCAGGGUUCUGGUGGAUUAUUUUGCUCCGAGCCUACACGAAGUCGACUGGAGAUUUGUCGUUGUCUGAAACACCUGAUUGCCAGAGGGGAAUGAGGCUUAUUCUGACACUGUGUUUGUCCGAGGGAUUUGACACGUUUCCUACCCUGCUUUGUGCUGAUGGAUGUUGUAUGGUUGAUAGAAGAAUGGGAAUUUAUGGUUACCCUAUUGAAAUCCAAGCACUGUUCUUUAUGGCAUUGAGGUGUGCAUUAUCGAUGCUUAAGCCAGAUAAUGAAGGAAAAGAGUGUAUAGAGAAAAUUGUGGAACGCUUGCAAGCUUUGACUUUUCACAUGCGGAGUUACUUCUGGAUUGAUUUCGAGCAACUUAACAAGAUAUAUCGUUAUAAAACAGAGGAGUAUUCUCAUACAGCAGUUAACAAAUUCAAUGUUAUUCCUGAUUCAAUUCCAGAUUGGGUAUUUGAAUUUAUGCCAACCACUGGUGGAUAUUUUAUUGGAAAUGUCAGUCCAGCAAGGAUGGAUUUCCGAUGGUUUGCUUUAGGUAACUGUAUUGCUAUUCUUUCCUCCCUUGCAACUCCUGAGCAAUCCACGGCUAUAAUGGAUCUUAUCGAGUCAAGGUGGGAGGAGCUUGUGGGAGAAAUGCCCUUAAAGGUAUGUUAUCCUGCAAUAGAACACCAUGAAUGGCUAAUUGUAACUGGGUGUGACCCUAAGAAUACAAGAUGGAGUUACCACAACGGCGGAUCUUGGCCAGUGCUUUUGUGGUUUCUGACUGCUGCUUCCAUCAAAACUGGACGACCACAAAUCGCAAGACGGGCAAUUGAUCUUGCUGAGAGCCGUCUGUUGAAAGAUAGCUGGCCGGAGUAUUAUGAUGGUAAAUCCGGAAAGUUGAUUGGUAAGCAAGCAAGGAAGUUUCAGACAUGGUCAAUCGCUGGAUAUCUGGUUGCAAAGAUGAUGCUGGAAGACCCUACACAUUUGGGGAUGAUUUCACUGGAGGAGGACAAGCAGAUGAAGCCCGUAAUUAAAAGAUCUGCCUCUUGGACUUGCUGAAAGUUAAAAAGAAACACAAAAGAAGGCAAAAAGAGGAUUAAGUGAGGCCCUUCUCUUUUUUCCCCCUUCUUUAUUUAUAACACCACCUAUUCUUUGGCCAUCUUUUGUCGUUUUAGGGCUUGGUUGACAAUAUGGUUUUGUGUACAUUAGUUUCCUGUGUCAGACAUCUUGCUUUUCAAAUAAAGAUACAUUUUGAUAUUUGAUUUUCAGCUUA